UCAUGAGUAGUAUUGAGCACCGAGCCGAGCAGCAUUGCUGCCAUGGGUUAAGAGCCUUUGUUCUUCUUUGAUUGCAUCGCUAUGAUCAAGCAAGCAAUGUCGACACUUGUCCGACAGGAUGAGGAUGCGGUGCGUCCAAGCAGCAUCAGAAGCGCUCCUAGAAAGUCCAGCAAAGCCUGGCAAGUUUGUCGUGCUCCACAGAGUACCAGCAGGAUGCCCAGCAGCAUCCACGAAGACGACCUCGAAAGCGGUAGAGAGGACUUCAGCUCAAAGGAGAUCAAGGGUGACAAUGAUAGGAGAGGAGGAAGGGCCCUAAAAGCACUUCUGCGCAGUGUGGCAGUCCUCGUGUUUCGCUGGACGGUACACAUUUUCCUGUUGGUGUUCCUUGGCCAGCAGCUGUAUUCGCAGUACCAGGACUACGACUCCCAGCCCGUCAGCUCCACCGUGCUGCGUCGCCAGGCCCCGUUCCCGCGUCUGACACUCUGUCCCGGCACACCACUGCGGGACACUGUGAUUCGUCUUGAGGCCGAGACGCUCCUCACCAGCGACAAUGUUACGCUUGACCAGUUCUACAACAUCAGCACUCUGCAGAUGCUGGGGAGUGAUGCGCGCUACAACAACUGGCCUAAUCGGAUUCACGUGGAGAGUGGAGCGCACGCAGUAGGGAAUGUACCAGGUCGCAGUCGACUUGGCACUUGGGGCGCGCGCUACUACCUCACCUUAUCACGGCUAAGACACAAGGUCCAUCCGACGCGCUGUUUGACCUUCGAGCCCAGCGAAUAUCUGUUUGCGCGCAGCAAGAACCCGCUUCAGCUGGAGCUGAUCCUAGCCUCCGCGCCAUCAUUCACAGAGACUAAACGUACAGCGUACCGUCUGUUCGUGCAUGGAAGCGAGGAACCAAACGUUGGAGAUCUGGUCGCCCAGGAGCUGGGCCCCCACGUGCCGCAGACUCUGGUGCGCGAGCUCGGCGUGGGGAGCACCCUCUCACUGCGCCUGACCGCCCGCCUACUUCGUCAGGUGAACGUGCGGCUUCGGCCCUGUCGCGACGACCCCGGAUACUCGGAGACGCAGUGUCUGAAAGAGUGUCUGUGGCGUCGUCUGGCGGCCAACAUCUCCUGCCGGCUGCCGCACAUGGUCGGCGCCGGGGUGUACCUUCCCGACAUGAGCGGGCCGCUCGACCAUCUACCGCUCUGCGCAAGACCAGUGCAGAUGCAGACCAGCAUGCGGACGCGUGUUAUCAGGUUCUGUACUCGACAGUCCAACGAAAAAUGUCAAGAGCUUCGUGUAAGGCCUUGGUACAGACCAGACGGCUCAGCGCCUCUGAUACCGGGACCGACUGCGCUUGUCAAGAGAUCUGAUUCUAGUAUGUCUCCAUCCUUAAAUCUCAGUUCCUCUUUCAGUGCGAAUGCAACACACUCUCGAGAACAUGAACCAAUGAAAGCCGUCUCCAAGCUCCGCGUCUUCAAUUUAUGUAAUCCUCCGCAUGACCUGGAAACAUUUGUCGAAAAUAAUCUCCUGACCGACGUGCGAGGCUGCAACUGCCAACCUGCUUGUCACCAGACACUGUAUGACCUAUACGGAGUAUCGGGUCCAACGCGCGACGAUCAAUAUCACAUUGGAGCUUGCCAGACGCGUAUAGCCCUGGCGAUAGACCUAACUGCUGACGAGCUAAGGGAAGCCAUUGUAUUCACGUCUGCCACCCUUCUGGCCAAUAUGGGGGGACUGAUCGGAGUUGUGACGGGCUACUCGCUCUUCACCCUGGCUGGCGCCAGUGAAACACUAGUGCACAAGGUCGUUCAGAGAUGGCACUAGCGCUGCUCACGCAACCACUCGGGUGUAUACUUUGAAAACGGUGUUUAAGGAACUCGAUGCAUCCUUAGAAGUCUUAUGAAAAAGCAACGUAGCUAAGUGUUGGCAUUUUACCGCUAUGACACUUCAGCACUUUAUCCACACAUUCGUGCGACUUUGAAAAAAAUAUAGCACAUA